CUUCGGAGUCAUAUCUCAUAUUCUUGCCUACCACAACGGUCAACGAAGAGGUAGCACGAGUCAAUUGACCUGAAGCCUUAAUUGGCCUCCUCCUACCCAUCAUGGCUUCACGAAAAGCCAUAUGCGCCCUCUCAUCCAAGGCAAUUCGUCCUCGUGCUUCUAAUUUCCUCUCUGCCCGCCAACAACUCCGAGCAGAAUCAACGUCAUCCUCAACCUCAGCGCUGGCAUACAAAGCUCUACACAGAAGAAUCUACCCUCUCCCUACCUCCGACGCUCCUCCAUCAUGGUCUGCCCAAGCUGCCGUAUCCAACAUCCUCUACGAAACCCCGACUCCUUCAGCUGCCCCGCCAAAACGACAUAUCCUCAAUUGCUUGGUUCAGAAUGAGCCUGGUGUGCUGUCCCGCGUCUCGGGUAUCCUGGCUGCUCGCGGCUUCAACAUUGACUCACUGGUUGUCUGCCACACAGAAGUUGAAGACCUGUCCCGCAUGACAAUCGUGCUCUCCGGUCAAGACGGCGUAGUGGAGCAAGCUCGCCGACAACUAGAAGAUUUGGUCCCUGUCUGGGCGGUGCUGGAUUAUACAACUGCGCCUCUCGUUCAACGAGAACUUCUACUGGCAAAGAUCAACAUUCUUGGUCCAGAAUAUUUCGAGGAAUUGCAAGCUCAUCACAGAGAAAUUACAGCUGGAGAUGAGGAAGGGCUGGAAGGAAGUGAGGACUGGGCACAGAAGAGAUCAGAGACGAACGACUUUCACCCCAGCAAGCUAGCCCUAAGUCAGGCGCUGAGACUGAAGCAUGAGCACUUGAAGUCAAUCACAUACUUUACUCAUCAGUUCGGAGGAAAGGUAUUGGAUAUCAGCACAAAUAGUUGCAUUGUCGAAGUUUCCGCAAAACCCACCCGCAUUGAUUCUUUCAUGAAGCUAAUCGCUCCAUUCGGAAUCUUGGAAUCAGCUCGAACUGGUUUAAUGGCUCUUCCUCGCUCACCUCUAUAUGGUCCCAACGAGGCGGAACUGCCCAAAGAUGCCGACGAUAUUGUUGAUGCAAGCGCCUUGCCUCCUGGAUAGAUGUGGUCUCACUCACGUGAACAAAAAUUGGUUUAUAAUUCGGAGUUGGCGUCAUUUGGCAUAUCAUGAGAUGCCUGCAAAACGUGGAGGGUAGAUUAAAUCUCCUUCUAUGUAUUCUAUACAUUCAAUUUCACGUCGAUUUCUUUGAC